AUGGUGAUCCCCAAGAGGACCUGUCUACCCGUGUGUGGGCUGAUCCGUCACAUUGCCUGGCUGCAGAUCCCUUCUACGAGGAGGAAGCACUCAGUGCCAUGGUACCAGCACCUGGAAGGAAGUGAUGAUAAGACGGAGAAGGUUCACCAGAGACGAGUAGAAGAAGACCGGCGCAGCAUCUUGAGGAACCCCGGGGUAGUCACCGUCGGUAAACUGAGCAAGGAAGAGCUGUGCGAGAAUCUGACCCAGAACGUCGUCUACAGGGAAGGUCCGCUCGUUGCCAUCAACAAACCACAAGGAUUGCCGAUUUCAGGGGAUGCCGAGGUCUCUCUGGUGUCUCUAUUGCCGGAUCUUCAGCGCUUGCUGCAGAUUAAACCCGAACUGCACGUCGUGAAAACUGCGCCAAAGGAUUGCUCCGGGCUCGUCCUCCUCUCCACCUGUCAUGUGACAACGAAGCACUUGGAAGAUUUUUAUUCCCUGAGCCGGAAGGCAAAGAAACCGUUUACGACGUUCUGGGCGAUCGCAUUGGGGGUGCCGGACCCAGCGGAGGGGAAUGUCAGAGGAGCUCUGAAGGAGGAACAGAUACAAGAUAUAAGGCCUGUCGUCCCUGUGAAGGAUCCCUCCAAAGGAAGUGUGGAGAGGAGGGAGGUGAAGGAGACGCACACAGUCUAUGAGGUCCUGGACUCUGCCGAGGGCUGUUCUCUGCUACAGCUGCAGCCCCUGACAGUCUUUCGGGACCAGCUGCUGGUUCACUGCACCCUGAAGUUCUGCCCGGUACUCGGGGACCACACGUACAGCUCGCGGGUAGCCAAGACCUUUGGACACGACAUUUACAUUCCCUUCGAUGUGGCUCUUCCACAGACUCAGCGGGUAGAAGAGAAGAUUCUCCGUAAGAUGCAUUUUACCACCCAGCAGAUGCACCGGAUGCCUCUCCACCUCCACCUGCACCAGCUCUCGAUGCCAUCAGAUCCUCCGGGGCGGUACCCUACACGUCUCCAGGCUCCGCCCCCGCCCUUCUUCCGGCGCACAAUGGAACUCCUGGGACUUAGGAUGCAAGACUAA